UUCUUAAUGUUCCGGUACCUAUACAUACAUCUGUUUUUAUUGGUGAUCAAUGUGAGCAGAGCACCGCAGUGCUGCUACAGUCAGUCUCAGUAACAAUCCGCGAGUUCAGGCACUAAUAACAAUGUCAACAUAUUGAGCCUAAUCAUGGAGGAAGCAGUGCCUUUUAGCAUCGUGUCCACUGUCAAAGCGCUGAGCGGCGCGUUGCGGGGAGAUGCUGAAAAUGAAGCCGAAAUCAUCCGCGAGCGAGAGAAGCUAUGGUUUAAGGAGAGCAGCGCCAAAAACCUCAGAAAUCGCGACUUCUUGUCACCUAACACGGUUCUGACGACGUUGUACGCGGGUGGAGAGGUUCCCUGUGAUGUUCUCAGUGGUAUUUGCUCUCUUCGUGGCAGUGGUGUAUUGCCGAUAGGAGCCACUGAGGUGACAGCAGAAGGGCUGCGUGUGUGUGUGGAUCGCUGCACAGCAUUCAGACGUGUCUUAUGUGGAAUAAUGCCAUAUCUGAGACCUGCUGCUCAGAGACAGGGCUGUGUCCUCAUCAACUGCCCUGCCCUCCACACCAAACAAGCCGUGCCAUCUCCCGAUACACUAGCUCUGGGGCACCUACGAACUGUUCUCAUUGCUGACCACCUCGGGGCACAGCUCAGAAGACAAGGGUACACUGUGUCCUUUUGUCCAGCCUUGCCACAGGAGAGUGACAUUGUGAACUUCCUGAAAACACUAGGCAUUGAUUGGCCGACAGUCCCUGUCAGCUGGACCAACGAGGACAGGGAGGAGAAGAUGAAAAAAGCUUUAGAGAACUCGACCUACAGAGACAGAGAAAUGGAGAGGGGAAAGAGGAGAAGUAGGGGAGAGGAAAUAGAGGGAGAGAAGAGAGGGAUAAAAGAGGAAGUUAGGAUAAACCUUAAACAAGUGGUACAGGACGAGAAUCUUCAGGGUUAUGAUCCCAGUCUUGGCACUUGCACAGUGCAGAGAGAAGCUUUGUGUCAUCUGGCCCAGCUGGACAGCGCUACUGCAGAUUUCCCUGUGUCUACGACAACAGCCCUGCAUGUCACUUCCUGUCAGGAUGAGUUUCGUCAGCAGCAAACAGCCAUGCUGUGGAGAGCAACGGGUGUAACGGCAGUGCAGAGAUUAGUGAUUUGUGGUCCAGUUAAAACUCCCGGCGUUCAGAUGAAUGCAGCUCAGUAUCUUCAGUUAAGAAAAGCUCAAAUGAAAGAAGCCUCAGAAAUGAAGUAUGGAGACCAAGUUGAAGGUCAGACAUGGGAUGACAUCAUUAGAGUCAUGACCUCGGCCACCGUGAGGUUUGAACUGCUAUCCACAGUACACACUAGUCCAGUGACCUUAGAUGUGCAGCGGGACAGUGGUGUGUCCACAAAGGGCCCUAGGGGUGGAGUCUUUGUCAUGUAUAACUGUGCUCGUCUUCAUACACUCUUCAGCAGCUACGAGAAAGGGGUGGAGCAAGGUCUUUAUCCAGAAAUCCCUGGAGGCACAGAGCUGGACUUUUCUGCCCUGAAAGAGGAGGGGGAGUGGCUUCUUCUCUUCAAUUACCUCAUUCCAUUCUCUGAGCUGCUGGACCAAUCAGGACAGGUCCUGGAGCAUGAAGGGGGCGGAGCUAGAGUUAAUUUAAGAACAGAACAGGUGUGCAGAUUCUUGGUGUCUCUCAGUAAAGAUUUUAGUUCUUACUACAACAGAGUUCACGUCCUUGGGGAGCCCCUGCCUCAUCUUUUUAAUCAAAUGUUUUGUCGUUUAUUGUUGCUGAGAGCAUUAAGAGAACUUUACCACAGCGCCCUGGACUCCCUUAACUUGCCCCCAAUCCCCCAACUAUAGCAUCUCCACUGCAGACAUUAUACUCGAAUAUUCACAAACUCUCUCCCCUAACAGCCAGAACCCUUCCAUUUUACUUGGUUAUUACACUUUCUCCUUUCUCAUACCCAUAAUUGCCUGACCACUUUGUCCAAAUAGUCCAAUAUUCCUCCUGCCCUCCAAAAAGACUGUUUUAAAUGUCAUAGACACAAGGCAGGAUAGACCCCAAAAUCUGUUACUCUUCAUCCUUUCAUCCAAAAAAUUAUUUAACCAAUUUUUUUG